GACUAGCGUUGAAUCUGUACAUGACAUCACGAGCGUUACAUGCAGUCACGAGUUCCAGGCAUGAAGACGCUGUCUGUAGGCUAAAGACCUUCAUUUGUCCCGACAUCUUGCAGCACACUGUUUUACGCUUUUAACCGAGACCCGGUGGGAGCGUCUAUUCCACUCACGCGCGUGCGCUGAACCGGGGAUCAGGCGCGCGUAUGAUGCUGACCGCUUAUCUACCACCUUUCUUCACAGACUCACAUCACCAGAGAUUAUUUACCGAUUCCCUUCCCGACUUUUGGAAACCGAAGCUUCGAAACAAGUCGCCAUAAGGGCAAAAACAAAAGUAAUCCGUGUGAGGACUGAAUCCAGAACAAUGCGCUCAAGAACUGGAUAAACGCGCCUCUCCGUUAUUCCCCGUUAUUAUUAGCGCGCGGAAGGAUGAGGUACUCGGACCCUUCUGCCGGGCGCGAUUUGCUGGGAAAUAGAUCCCUGUGCUUCAUUUUCAUCUGCGCUUUCGGAGUGGUCACGCUUUUGCAUCAAAUCCUAUACGGCAAGAACUAUAUCAAGAGCACGCAACAGUUUACCCGCCUCAAAGGAAAGGAGGUGGGCAACUGGAGCGGCCUCGUUAGUUACCCUGAUGAUGGAGGGAUGAAGCAACCUGCCAGAAUUGUGAGGAAAAGAUGCGUCCGUCAGAAAUUUCAGCACUCAGGGAACGCCGUAGUUAUCUCCCCCUGCCUAGCCGAUAUUGAGAAGAAAAAAAAAGAAAAGAGAAGGUAUCUGGAGAGUUCUAAUGGACCCCUUCUGUAUAACACCACCACCUGCAAAGAACUGCGCCAAGAAAUCAAAGACAUCAAAAUGCUGUCCAUGGUGAAGACAUCAGAGUUAUUUGAUAGAUGGAGAAAUCUGCAGGCUUGUUCAUGGGAGCAGAACAAAGAAGACACCAACAUCUUCAAGAUGUCUCUGUCACGGUGCUGUAAUGCCGCCUCCUUCCUGUUUACGACACAGAAGAACACACCAUCUGGUACUAAACUGCGUUACGAAGCUGAUACCAGUGUCAUCUUGCACAUCGUCCCCGAAAUAUUUAAAAUGCUUCCGGAGGACAUGCCUUACUCAAAAUCACAGUUUAAAAAAUGUGCCGUGAUUGGAAAUGGAGGUAUAAUUAAAAACAGCAAAUGUGGGAAAGAAAUUGACUCUACUGACUUUGUCUUCAGAUGUAACAUUCCUCCUAUUUCUGAGAAGUACGCAGCAGAUGUGGGAACGAAGACUAAUCUUGUGACCAUCAACCCAAGCAUCAUCACAGAGAAGUUCCAAAAACUGGAGAAGUCACGACGGCCAUUCUAUGAUGCCCUGACAAGCUAUGAGAAUGCAUCUAUUGUGCUGCCUGCAUUUUAUAAUGCACGCAAUACUGAUGUGUCCUUUCGUGUCAAGUAUGCACUUGAUGACUUUGGUGGCACUGCUGCACGACGUGUUUUCUUCUUCCACCCACAGUACCUCCUGGGUGCACAACGCUUCUGGUCAGCGCAGGGUGUUCGUGCCAAACGCUUAAGCAGCGGCAUCAUGCUGGCCACAGCAGCAUUGGAACUGUGCCAGGAGGUUCACCUCUACGGAUUUUGGGCAUUUCCUAUGAACCCAGCAGGCAUAUUUGUUACACACCACUACUACGACAACGUCAAACCCCGCCCGGGCUUCCAUAACAUGCCACAUGAGAGCUUCAACUUUCUGCAUAUGCACGCACAUGGAAUCCUUCAUGUGCAUACGGGGGAGUGCAGGUGAUGGCAUUCACUACCAAAGCUGCAAAAUGGUCAGCCAGUUAAUGUUAAACGAGGCACUUUCAGUUGACAGCCAGUGGUGUGAAACUCAAAAUGAGCCUCUGAGUGUGAUUGCAUGUGAAAGCUAAUAUUCUUGAGAUGUGCUAAUGUGGUUUCCACUGAGAUGACUUCUGAUCUGGUUGACUGAAUUCAAGCCAGGGGUCGGAUUUAGUGUCUGUAACACAAUACCACUGUCUUUAAGGGCAACCAUUUUGUUUCACACUAUGUUUUUCAUAUAGAUAUCAAAUCCUUUAGUCUGUGACGUUGCUACAUGGUGCUUGUUUUGUGUGAGGUAUUCUGUGCUGUUGUUUUUUUUGUGAAACAUCAAAUCUGUGGCUUUAUUCUGUGAAAAGGCCAUGAAACCUCAACAAGCCAAAAUGUGUCUAAUGCCCACCAUAGAACUAUUUAUCACUUAACUAUAAAUUACUUAUUAUUGUCAUGAACAAACUCCUGAUAAUAAUUAUGUAAGUGCUUCUUUUAUCAUGCAAUAUUCUUGCAACUCUAAAGUUCAAUGUCUCAGCAAACAGAUUUGCAUAGAGAUAGGACAAAACUUUUUUUAUCUAGACAAAGCAAGCCAAAAACAGCCUAAACAGUCCUGCAUUUAAAGUGGAACUGAAAAUAAUGAAAGAAAAAGAUGGUCCUGUUGUGAUGGCCCUGUCACAAUGUUUGAAGUGGGUACACAAAUAUAAAAACAUUUAUAUAUAGGAAUAAUAAAAUAAAAAUGCUUAUCAGCCCUGCUGUAUAAUUUAUUGAUGUGUCAGCACAUGUAUCAGCAUAACAGUGUGGGAAUAUAAUCUCACUUUAAAGUUGAUGGUUUAAAUAGUUAAACUGUUAUGUAGAAUUUUACAGUGUUCAUUUUUAUGACCCUUUCUCAUUUAUGGAUGAUUUGUCAUAAGAGACUGUUUUGACUCUGUUACGAGACUCUUGGACCACCGUAAACCUCACAGUGAACUGCAGUUUUCAGAAAAGUUUAUAAAAGACAUUUUUACCAGAAGACAAAAGUGGGGUUUACUGCAAAAUUGAUGUCUUAAGAUAUCAUACUGUACAGGAGCUAUAGUUUUUCCAAAACUAUAAGACACAGAUGUGACUAAUGAACUAAAAUUUGUUAAUAAAUGGACGUGCAAAUCACAACCAUUUAGAAAAAAUUCAACUUUUUUGUGCCUUUCUGUCUUUCCCUUUUGUUCUUGCUAUCUUUAUGUGUCAUGCAAUCAUUCCUUCUUGUUGCCACCAUUCUCACUGGAAUUCUUUUUGUUCACUGUUCACAUUCAAAAAUCUCAAAAUAUUGAACUCACAGUAUUCAGAACUGCUACUAUUUGACAAAUGUUUAAUGCGUCUCUGUGUGUGGGAUGGGCUGUGUGUUGUGUUUCUAUUAGGAAAUAUGUACACUGAUGCAGAACAAACAAAAUUGAUUCAUUAUGCUCACAUAGAGGAGGUGUCAAGUUCUACUGAAAUGGUGAAUAAUUGAUCACAUUCUGAAGUUGAUUAGUGUUAAUCUAACUAACAAUGUCUGAUUUCUCAUUGGAAGUGCCUUUCCAGUGCCGGACAAAAACACUGUCUUAUUAAGCAUGUACUGCAUAUUAUUAACCCCAUACUAGAAUCAUAACUCAUUCACUUAAAAAUUAAAGAAAUUCACUAAAAUGACAAAAUGGACAUUUACUGCAUAUGAACAUAACUUUUAGACAUGGUAUUACGCAAUAACCAAUUAUGAUCUCAAACGUGUAAAUAAAUACAUUUGUAAUCAUUUCUGUUCUCAGGCUCCAUCCAUACAUCCAUCCAUCCAUCUAUCCAUCCAUCCAAACAAAAACAUAUCCACCAACAUAACCAACCCAUUACUAACCCUCUCUAUUCUUUAACCCAGAACUACUAUAUAUCCUACUUUUGUGACUGUUUUCAGACUGUUUUCCAAAUGUUUUCAGUACCAUGGACAGCUCUAAUUUGUCUGAGUUAUAUCUGACAGCAAAACUUAACAACCAUGACAAGGUUAUAAAAACACUGGCCAAAGUAUAAAGAGUUAUUGUCAUCAGCUUGUCAAUUUUUGAGAUGGUACUAAACAUGAUACUACAGGAGCACUUUAUUCGAAAAAGAAGGAGCAUGACUAUUGAAAGAUAAGAAGGUCAGAUGUCUGUGUUUUAUUGGUUAUCUGACCUCUGAAUUGUCAGCGUAUCAUGCUCCUUAAGAAAAUAUUAAUUAUUUAACACACUAUGGAGGUGUGUAUAACAUAUCAUGUAGCCUAUUCAGUGAUGUUUAGGGGAGAGUAGACCCAUACCCACACUCAUACAGCUUGUGAUGCAUGCUUAUACACAUAUUCUUUAUUCAAACAUUUGCCUUCUAUUUAAUUGAGUAAAGAACUGGUGUAUGCAAGUACAACGUGGCUAUCUCUCCAUACACUUGACAUUCUCUAGGCUGACCCUUGGCAUGAGCUGACAUGAGCUUGUUAAGUUAGCUAACUAGUUAAGUUAGCUUUCUUUACAAAGGUUUAUGUACACCUAAGCUAAUGAUAUGCAUUCUCAGUUUUCACACAU